AUGAUGAUGUCAACGGGCAUGUUGGGAGAAGAUGGCAUUCACGUCGACAUGAACCACCUCAAGAAGGGAGAGGUCAACAUGGCCAUCAACUUCAAGGACGGUGUCAUACUAGCCGCCGACAGCAGAACAACGACCGGAGCCUACAUCGCGAACCGAGUCACCGACAAGCUCACACAAGUCCACGACACCAUCUGGUGUUGCAGAUCUGGAUCCGCAGCAGACACACAGGCCGUCGCGGACAUUGUUCAAUACCACCUCGGCAUGUACGGUACCACCAACGACGAGCCACCCACGACGCAGACGGCGGCAGCCAUCUUCCAAGAACUGUGCUACUCCAACAAGGACCAACUCUCCGCUGGACUCAUCAUUGCCGGAUGGGACCACCGACACGGCGGCCAAGUAUACUCGAUCCCUCUCGGCGGCUCCCUGCACAAGCAAUCAUACGCGAUUGGUGGCUCGGGUUCGACGUACAUCUACGGAUACUGCGACGCGAACUGGAAGGAGAACAUGAGCGAGGAGGAAGGCAUCAAGUUCGUCAAGGGCGCACUCUCAGAAGCCAUCAAGUGGGACGGCAGCUCGGGCGGUGUGAUUCGCAUGGUGGUGCUCACAGGCAAGGGUGCGCAGAGGCAUCUAUACCUGCCAGACCAGAACUACGAGGGGCCAGGCAAGCAGUAG